GGAGAGCCUGCUAUUCCUGAGAGUUUAUAGCUCCCUCUCAUGUCCAGUGGGUGAGUGACAGCGAGAGGCAGGCAGAGGGUGUUUCUCCAUUGCACCUCAGCCAGGGACAGCUGACUGGUUGGGAUCUAAUUGCUCUCAAGUGAGGUCAGCAGGAGGCAUUUAUCUAAGCAGAGUGCACAGCAACAGUGGAAGAUGCACAGAGUCAGCCUGCCAGAAUCAGGGAGACAUCCAUGGGAAUUGACAGAAGCUCCAAGCUCUUGCUUAGCCUUACUGCACUACUGGGCUUGGUUUACAACUGAGACUACAGCUUUAGAAUUACAGAGACUUCAAAUUAAAACUCUCUCUGAAAGGGAACACAUCUUUGACAACUCCUGUCAUCACAGAGCACAUCAUUUUGUAAACUGGAUUAUGACGUCUCUUCUCGGACUACGGUCUCAAUAGGAUGGAGCAGUCAACGCAGACCUUCACUGAGGACUAAAGAGAGACUUCAUCAUCCCUGUCCUCUUCAGACCACUCUCCAGCUUCAGCCAACCACAACCAGCUCCACAAAGUCCCCUCCACAACCACCCAGUCUCAAGGUCCCAUUAGGAACCCCUGCUGCAAGAACAGGGACCAACACAAGGGUCACAAGUCAGGGAUCAUGGGGUCACUGGGCUGAGGGAUAGCGCGCAGAUCUCUAUCUCACAUUUAAGUAUGUUGUUCAUUGAUCCCCACUGCAUUGUAUUAUAAUGCGCAAAUGGGUGCUGACAUGGAACCUUCAAUAUCUGUUCCCGGGACUGUACCUGCACGCAAUCUUCUUGUUCGGCAGUGUGUGUGUGGUCUACAGUGACUGCACUCCAGAGCAACUUGCUGCCAUCAUGAACUGCUCCAAACACGAGCGCCACACGAGGAACUACGACUACAUGGAGGGCGGGGAUGUGCGCAUUCGUCAGUUGUUCAGCCGCACACAGUGGUUCCUAACAAUUGAUGACUUUGGCAACAUCACCGGGACUCAAGAUCCCACCAACUGCUACAGUAUCCUGGAGAUCAGGACAGUGUCUGAGGGGGGUGUACUGGCUAUCAAAGGCGUGAAGAGUCAGUAUUAUAUCUCUAUGAACAAGGCUGGACAGCUGCAAGGCAAGAGGAUCUACAAUGAAAACUGCAACUUCAAGGAGGUUUUCCUAGAAAACUACUUCAAUGCUUACUCCUCUGCAAAGUGGACUAAAAAUGGCAAAGAAAUGUUCAUAGCUCUGUCUCAGAAAGGACGGCCAAUGCGAGGCAAGAAGACUAGGAGGGAGCAUAUAGCAUCUCACUUCAUCCCUAUUAAGUGCAGGGAGGAGGACCGGAGGGUGGACUGAAAAAGCUAAAAAGGACUAUUUGUGUAUGAUUUCCGUCACAUAUUAUAUAUGUUAACAGACACAUGUAAACUCAUUACCAACAUCACGCUCCACAAUCAGUCGUAGGUUAGUUAUAUAAGGUUCCAUAACAUGUUGUAAUUUUCAUAAGCAACCGAUAUCAGAUGGGCACAUCAAACUAUUCCAAACAUCCUCAAACAUGAUGUCGAAACACGGAAAUAUUUGACAUAGCUUCAACUGGUACACCAACCGUAAAACCACUAAAGUCUACUCAAUGUUAUUGUUAUUUUGAGUUAAAUAUUAUAUUUCCUUAUAAAACAGUUAAGUGUUUUCUUAUCAAACAGUAAAAUGUAUUACGCACAGUCGGGACUGUAUGCUUUUCCAAAGAUGAUCUACACCCAGCCAGAUGAGGAGACCUGUAUGAUCAACGAAGAGGUCCAGAACGGAGAUUUGGCUCGACCAAGAUGUGCUGAAGCAAGCUGGACUUGUCUUUUUUUUUUUUUUACUGGUACAAGUGCUCAGAGCACACACAACAGAGGCACAAUAAACUACAAUGGCAUGUUCAGUAAAAUUAGAGUUUGUAGGACAAUCUGUUUGUGGAUGAUCUGUUUUGAUCUGUCUGUCCUUCUUGCAUUGACGACCAGACUGUGGUCAAAUGCAUUGUAGCUGCUCACUGACUCCCUCUUCAUUAUCAAGGUGUGAUUUUGAAAAGCUAAAAUAUUCUGCUGCUGCUGAAAUGAUAUCCAGAUUAAAAUACAAAGUGAACUACAUAAUAAAUGUGUAUGCUAUGCAA